GACAAAACGAAUCAUUUCCUAAAUGUAAAUAUGUACUGAUCUGCCAUCUCUCUCUCUCUCUCUCUCUCUCUGCGGCAUGGAAGCGAUCAAGAAACAAGCGACAAGGUUCAGGGAACAGGUCGCCAGGCAGCAACAGGCUGUCCUAAAGCAGUUCGGAUCUGGAGGAUAUGGAGGUUCAGGUAAUGUUGUUCUAGAUGCAACGGAGCUCCAACAGUAUCAGAAACUUGAGCAACUUUACCUCUCGACAAGGGGUGCCAAGCAUUUCCAAAGAGAGAUUGUUCGGGGAGUAGAAGGUUCUAUUGUCACUGGAUCCAAACAAGUUGAGAUAGGAACUAAGUUGUCUGAAAGUGGCCGAAAAUAUGGUGUUGAGAAUACAUGCACCAGUUGCAACACCUUAUCAAAAGCUGCAUUUAAUUUUGGACGAGCUCAUUGUCAAAUGGAGAAGGAGCGUGGAAAUAUGCUAAAAGCCCUUGGUACACAGGUUGCAGAGCCAUUGAGAGCAAUGGUAAUGGGAGCUCCACUGGAAGAUGCUCGACAUCUUGCUCAGCGUUAUGAUAGAAUGCGACAAGAGGCCGAAGCUCAGGCUGUUGAAGUUUCCAAACGGCAAGCAAAAGUGAGAGAAGGAAUGGGCAAUCCUGAAGUUGCUUUGAAACUUGAAGCAGCAGAGGUCAAACUACAAGACAUAAAAUCAAACAUGGCAAUAUUGGGAAAAGAAGCUGUUGCAGCAAUGUCUGCUGUUGAAGCUCAGCAACAGAGGCUGACUCUGCAGCGUCUGGUUGCCGUGGUUGAAUUGGAACGUUCUUACCAUCAGAGUGUUCUUCGGAUACUUGAUGAGCUUGAGGGCGAGAUGAUGUCAGAGCAGAAAAGAAUUGAAGCACCAUCAUCUCCAAGUGUAGACAGCAUGCCCCCACCACCAUCAUAUGAGGAAGCUAAUGAGAUGUUUGCUUCUCCAACAGAAAAUGGAUCGACUGAGAGUAUGAAUUAUUUUCUGGGAGAGGCUAUGCACUCGUAUCGCGCUGUAUCUGACGUGGAGCUUAAUUUGUCAGUUGGCGAUUAUGUUGUCAUCCGAAAGGUGUCGGACAGUGGGUGGGCGGAAGGCGAAUGCAAAGGCACAGCAGGUUGGUUCCCAUUUGGGUACGUUGAAAGACGCGAACGUGUUCUUGCAAGCAAGAUGCCCCAUAUUUUCUCAUAAUCCCCAACCCAUUGAAUUUUGAAAGGUGUUUAUUUUAUAUGUCUACUUUUUAUUUCCCCUCAUGCAUUGCAGGCAUAUAUAUAUAUAUAUAUAUAUUUCUUUUUGCUGUGUAGAAUUUUGAUACAGGGUAAUAUAAUUUUUUUUUACAUAUUCUUAUAUAUAUAUAUAUAUCUAUUUUUAAAAUAAAAUCCCUAUGAGAAUAGUUUCAUAAAUUAUCAAAGUAACUCUACUCUAGCACACUAUUUUGGGCUAGUUUUCUGUGUGAAAGUCUUUUAAGAAUGUGAUUUUUCUUUCACGAAUAUGGAAUGCGAAUUCUUGCAGUGUGGUGACAAAAAAAAAAAAAAAAAUUCAAAUUCGUUCUGCGCUUGGAGCAGUACCAAUUCAACCCAUUUGUGAGAACAGAGCAGAUUCGAGGAGUGGGUUACAUGUCCCAAUCUAUCAAAUGGGGAAUGGAAAAUCUUGGGCUCACAAGGAUCAUAGAACAAUUCAGCUCUUCUUAUGCCAAAACUACUUUAGAACAAUUCAAUUCAGUUCCACUAAUUAAUAUUUGAGA